CUGUGAUUCUUUGAGAUUACUUCAGAAGCAACCUUUCUGGUCUGAAAUACAGAUUUUCUAGCCGGUCCGAUGAUUAUUUAAAUAACUCCGACUUCUGUAAAUAAUCCAUUGAUAGUUAAGUCUUUUCUCGGUAAAAAUCGAAGGGAGCGCGAUGGUCGUCGGGAAUACUCGGGACCAGUUCUCUUCAUACGCAUGUCUCACGUUCGUCACGUGCCCUUCUGUAAAUAUCGCAAAGCUGUGUACAUUGUAGAUGUAAAUAAAAAUCGCGCUACUUUACCUGUGACGCACUGGCUUCUGUUAAGGUCAACUAAAUACUUUUACCGCAAAUAUUCAAUUUAAACAAGUCGCUAAGGCACAUUCUAUUUUGAAAAAGUUGUAAAACGUAAUAAUUGUAAAAUUGUAACCAGAUUUCCUGCUGCACGUUAAAGUUUUAAUAUGUCAGUUUCAAAAUAUUAAAAUUCUUACUUGGCGCCAAGGCUUAGGGGAAUAAAAUUAAGGAAUUAAUUAUUCGUUCCUCAACCUCAAUGUGAUUUGUUUUGUUUUAUUCUACCAAGCCUCGGACCCAAGUUAGAAUUUUAAUAUAUCGAAAAUGGCAUGUUGCUGGUAUUUUUUUUAAAAAGCGCUGAUUUAAAAAAUAGCUUUUGUAACCGGAUAGUAGUAGAAGCCUUAGUAGAGCUUAAUAUUUUUCUGAACAGUUCAGAUUGCCAAUAAAAAAAAUACAGCUUAUAAAUUAACCAGAUCAUAAGGGCUGUCUUUUCUUUUUGUGUGGCUGCUUUUUUACGAAGGCGUUUUGUAGUUGACGAUCUACAUAGACUAAUACGGAGAUACUCUGCACUUGAAAACAACAAAAAUAGGUAACAAAUAGCCUUUAAGAAUCGUGCUUUCAGUGUGUCCUUUUCAUAUACCCAACAACGAUGACAUGAAGCUGAUUAUAUGAGAUGUGGCUGAUAAAUUUGCGGUUCUGUUUCUAUCCAAAUAACCACAUGUUUCAUGAGAGAUCGGCAGGUGAUACAGAUCUCACUCCUCUUGCAUUUCAAGCAGCCGCCAAUUGUCUCAAGAUAUUGCUAAAGAUAGCCGCCUUCUAAGUACUUGUUUCCUCGGAUGUUUUUUCUUUCGAGUCAUAUGUGCGGAGUAGAAUUUUUCUGUCGUGCUGAUGUGUAACAAUUAGUCAUACUGUUUUAACUUUAGAUUCAGUGUUUGAUUAAAGGCGGGGACAAGAUAGUGAUCUUUACGCAUAUUGUUGUAUUGUACCUCUUAUUAAAAUACCUGAUCAUUAAAAGUUUCCGUCACACUAAAGAACGAGUCGCCUUGAUGGCUACAUGAAAAGAUAAAGCUUUUAAAUAGAGCACCUCUCUUCUGCGCGUGCUGGGCAUUUUGUCAUUUUAAAGAAUGGGUAUUUCUUGAGAUCAGCGUGAAGUCCUCAACCUUGUUGAUUUUCUCAAGUCCUACUCUUGCUUGAGUGACUUUCUCAAGGUCAGGUCAUCGUUUAGGAGAUCCUCGUUCAUCUUGAUCAAGCUGAAAUCCUAGAGACCAGUGUCUUGGCCGAUUUAACUUGAGAUACUUGACACAUUAAGACAUGAGUUCAACUAACUCGUCUUCACCUGAUGCUUGGAGCGACCUGACCACCCCAACUAUGAAAUGGGUUUUUCGCAUCCUCUUCUCCACGAUCUUAGUUUUCGGUAUUUUGGGAAAUGGCGCGGUGUGUCUAGCCAUCCUUGUGAAACAGCGGUUACGAACUACAGCCAAUUUUCUGGUCUUAAACCUUGCAGCGGCAGAUCUGAUAUUCGUGGCGCUCUACGUUCCGACCCAGCUUUCCUUCUUCGAGAACAACUACAGCUGGGAAAUGGGUGAUGCCGUUUGUAAGCUUUCAUACGCCGUCCUUCCAGCGUGUCUUUGCUCCACGGUGGAAACGCUGUUGUGUAUUGCUGUGAUACGCUACAAGGCUGUCGCUAGCCCCUUUCAUGUACGCGUCGGAAUGACCGUGAAGACAACAGCUAUUGUGAUAAGUGUUAUCUGGUUGUCAUCUUUACUCACGGGCUUGCCCGUUUUUCUUGUGGCGAAAACCGCCAAGUAUCAAGACAAGGUAUUCUGUGACGAGGUGUGGCCGGUUGGCAAGCCCUACAGUCAGGUCUACUGGGUUUCUAUUUUCCUUAUCCAGUACGCACUUCCACUAGUGGUAAUCGCUCUUCUUUCUAUAGCUACAGUUGUAAAGGUGAAGCAGAGCCGUGCUCGCGUCUUGCCAAGUUCGUCGACCGUGAACAACGAUGGCAAUUCUAUUGCAAACGUAAUGAACGCCAGUGUGAGACGAAGACGAAGACGAGAGAACAACAUGUCUAAGAUGUUAACAGGUCUGGUUAUCUUGUAUGCAAUCUGCAUGCUUCCUCAACACGUCGUGUUUUUCUGGCUUACUUAUGGCGGCUUAAAGAAGCUUGAAUCUUCUUUGUACAUCUUUACCAUCGCUAACAUCUUCCCCAUUGCCAAUAGCGCAAUAAACCCUCUUUUAUACGGUAGCUUGCAUAAAGAGUUGAAAACUGGCUUUAAAAGCUGUUUUGGAUGUACCUGAAAGGACACUUCGCGCUUAUUACUUGAUAUACCUAUUAACACUUAAGCAGAGCUCUUUACAAUUCAAGUCACUCUUCUCUUUGUCGGCAUUAACAACGAAAUCAUUUGCACGUCAAAAGUGAUCCGUAUAGGUCGCUAACGAGAUUCUCCAAUCUUCAGACUAUUGUACGAAGAGAUAAGGUGCAAAUGUUAACGAGGCUGCAAGCCAAGGUAACAAUAACAAUCAAUCAACGGCAGUUGUGAGAAAGAUGCAAAUGCAAUCUUGAAACAAUUACUCGACCUGAGGUUAUGGAAAAUUAUCUUGGUCAAUGCCCCGAGAACGAUAAAGAUGUAAAGCGUAUGGAUAUCAAGUGUAUUAUCUAAAAACCGGAAUAACCCUAAUAGUAUACAUGAUAUACAAGAGUUCAGUAACUCGUAUAUAAGAUAUAUAAUAGUUAUCUUGGUCAAAUCCGUGAGAAAAAUUUAAAAGAUGUAAAGCGUAUUAAUAUGAAGUGUAUUGUCUAAAAACUGGGACAACUAAACUAGUAUAUAAGAUACUUCCAAAAGGUCUCCAUUGGAAAAGACAAGUUAAUACUUCUUCAAUACUUCUGAUUUUUAAGGAAGACUACUUGUUUCGACAGAUUUCACUGUAAUCGUUUGCUAAAACAUAAAAUACAGAGAAAAUUUUAAUCUAAAAUAAUUUGAGACGGAUGCGAUGAUAAAUAUAUUUUGCAUGUCAUGAGCUAGUCAGAGUCGUCUACCGGCAGACUAUAUUAGAACUUGGCUUAAAAUAAUGUUAUCAUUGGAUGAUGACGGUAUUUGGCCUGUCUAUAUAGCUAAUGAUGUAAGUUAAGGAGAAGUUUUCUUUCUUUUUAUCUCCUUUCUUGGAGCAGUUUUGGUGCUGUUACAUAGAUCAAUAGUGAUCACAAUUAUGUAUUACUGGAAGUUGUAGGUAUUUAAAUCGAUAUGGGAGAUUUCCGUGCUUUUGGUAUAUUUACAUUUAGUUGAUUUAACGUACAAAAUGAAAUGUUUAUUCAUUAGAGUUAUUUCCACACUUUUAGCGAUGCAUUAUCGUUACGGCACAUUUCCUAUACAGUGUAAAAUACGCCGGAAAUAACAUAAAUUGACAGCUCAUGGACUUUAACUAGAUUAAAUCAAAAAUGUAGAGGCAUAUUUUGGAAGAGAAAUUCGACAUUCGCGCCAUUCGUGCGCUCUAUUGAUUCAUGGCAUUUGAUUGUACUUUUGUAGUAAACAUUUCUUAAUUGCAGAGUGAGUUUCAGCUGUCAUAGUUUGUAAAGACGUGAUUUCUUUUAUCCAGCCCCUUGUCUUAAGAUGGCAAGCUUUCUAAAUAGGCAAUUGCCUGUUCAAUGAAAAGUUAACGAAGUAUUUAUUUUGGACUAAGUAAUACUCGCACUUCUCAAGGAAAACUUGCAUACUAAUAUAUUUUCUGUAUGUUAUUAAGUUUUAAACACGUUCUUAGCUCUUUGUUCUCAAUUCGUUUCAAAUGACAGCUUUGCUCAUCUUAAAGCCUAACUCAGUUCUUUCGAUAACAAGUAGUAAAGUUCACGUCUUGAUAAACGUCCGUUUACUUAACCGUUUGAGAUGCCCUAAUUUACAGUGCGAUUACUCCACCCAAGUCCACCCGACAAAAUUUUCCACAAAUUUAAAAAAAUAAAAAUCGUGGAGAAUAACAUGAAUAUAGUUUUCAACAAAUUAUCGAUGCGAUCAAGCUGUACAUUGCAAAGACAACAGAUCUGUGGUCAUUUUGGAUAAUUUAUUGGAAAACUAUUGUUAACUUCCACGACUUUAUUCGUUAAAUUUGCAGAAACUUUUGUCGGGUGCCCUUGAUUAGAGUAGUCGCACUGUAAGUUAUUUCUUAAAGUACCGAGUUUUGCACACGUAAACAUAACUAAGCUUGUUUUAGAUUCUUUUGUUUCUGAGCUCUAGGACAGCUGAAUCUACCUCAUAAGAUACAAUCGAGCUUAUUUACUUUUGUGAAAAUAUUGAAGGGCCGCAGGCAGGAUAAAACAUGAAAAAAUUUUAAAAACGAUCUCUGGCUGAAACGAUUAAAAAAUUACAAGCUUUCGACUGCCUGAACUACAGUCUUCGACGGGUAAAGUGUGAAUGACAAGAAGCGAAGAAAAAGA